AUGAAUAAUACGUUCGAUAAGACAGCUUUGGAAACCAUUGAUCUCUUGGAAGCGCGAUUACGGAGGAUAGAAUAUGCUGUGUGUGGUCAUAUCGACACUACAUCUAUCACAAGCUCAGAUGUAUCUAUAUCCGCGUAUGAACGACUUGCAGAUUUAGAGCAUGUUCUACAUGGACUUGCUUCAAAAUCAAGGGUCAUUCAGGAUUUAUUGAAAUUACCUCUAAGACAAAGAACAGCUGCGGUCAUUCAACGUUGGUAUACUGUUGAUGUAUUGCGAACUGGUGAAAGCUGGGCAGAGUUGGAAGAAAGAGUACAACACGUGGAACAAAAAGUCCGAAGAGCCAUUGCGAUGAAACAGUUAGAUGAUGACAUGGUUCAGGAGUGA